GGGGUUAACUGUCUGGCACACACAGCGAGGCGGACUGGCCCUUUAAGACGCAUAAAGACAACAGCCCCGCACGAGCUGAGCGCAUCGAUUAAUGCCGCGCUUUACAUCAGUGUUGGCACCAGGGCUGCACGAAGAAUUCACCAACAUUGCGCCAUAAAGGUUAAUUUAUAUUAAGUGUACGUAAACGUUUUUAAAUGGCGGGAGGAGAAACGUGACUUUGUGCUCAGCCGGUUUGCUCUGUGGUGCGUAAUUGAUUCGAGGGGGAGAAUCUGGAGCUCCAGCACUCCUUUUAGCACAGUCAGAAUCCUCCAGAGAGUCCCCAAGGAGGGGAAGGCUGCUGCUUUUGAACUUCCUCCCUGUGUUGCUUCAGGGAGUCUUAUACACCAGCCAAGCAGUGUCCCCACCUCCAUCUUACCCCAGAGAGGUGCACUUAAAAAAAUAAAACAAAAUAAUAAUAAUAAUAAUGGAAGACAAGCGCAAGAAGCGGAGCCCGAAGGUGUCUCUUCCACAGCCCCCUCCUCCCCCAAUCAACCCCCGCAAACUCGCCGUCCUGCCUGCCAGCAAAAGUGCCACCUUCUCUCUUGGCCUGCCACAGCCCCCCUCGCCCAAGAACAGAGGCAAGUGCAAGAGAUCUAUCGGAGCGCCAGGACAGCCCAAAGAGGUGUUUACAGUCGUCGUACCUCCACCAAAGACCACCAGGCCCCACAAGGAGAAGCCCAGGGCCCCCCAGCCUGCAGGGCCCAGUAAAGUAGUCCAGUCUUCCCCCCUGCAGCACUCCUUUCUCACAGAUGUCUCAGAUGUGAGAGAGAUGGAGGGAGGCCUCCUCAAUCUCCUCAACGACUUCCACUCAGGCAAACUACAGGCUUUUGGUAAGGUGUGCUCCUUUGAGCAACUGGAGCAUGUGCGGGAGAUGCAGGAGAAGUUGGCACGACUGCACUUUAGCCUCGACAGCCACGUGGAGGAACUAUCAGAGGACCAGAGGAAGUGUGCCUCCGACCACAACCUGGAGCACCUGCUCUGUAACCUGGAGGAGCUCAGCACCUCAAUACAAAAGCUCCACUUGGCUGAGAACCAGGACCUGCCCAAGACAUCUGGUCCCUGACAAAGCGAGGUGUGGAGGACGGCGACCAAACACUCAUCUUCUCCCAACAUCUAACCAGACCAGGUUGCCAUGGCAUUGAUCCAGCUGCCUUAGUAACAGAACGGAAAGAUCUAGAGGAAGAGGAGGAGGAGCUAUUUUUCCAUUUGGUCGUUGUAGCAGAGGGAACAUAGUGACUCAAAGCAGCAGCCUGAGCAUAAAAUGAACACUAAAAACCAUAAAGCCCUCAUUUAUGGCACAAGAAAUGAUCAGAAGGUUUAGAUAAAAUACAUUGUGUCUACGUUAUCAGCAUGUUCUUGGUAUCGACUAACUUGGCUCCAGUUACUAGUUACAUCAUUGGCCACAAAUAAUUAAAUCCAGGUGUAAUCUUUGGUUCUCUAUUUGUGUUUUCAAUUUUCAUCACAAAAAGCCAAUUUCAUGACAGUUUAAGAAGUUGGGCUGAUUUCAAAGUAUUGCAUCGUUUCCGAAAGUAUGUAUAUCUGUUAGCAAAUUUGAGCCAUAAUUAAGUAGCAAACAUGUUUGGUCCUUGUCGACAACACCACUGUGGUUAGCUUAGAAUUCUAAAGGGGAGUUUUCACUUUUGCUAUUAUUGUGAAUAAGCAUUUUUAUAGUUUUGCUUUUAAAGUUUAAAACUGGAAAGCAGACGGGAUGUAGUAAAAGUUGGUAGUUGGUAAAUCUUUUGAUAUAACUUCAUUUGAUGUGAGAAGUUACAAAAUGUAUGUUUGAUGAACUUUCAAGUACAAUGUUUUUUUUUUGCCAAUGUGCAGUCCAGCUACUGUAUUUGUUGACACUAAUGGGAUAUCUGUGGCAGUGCUUUAUUAGUGUUGUUUUUAAGCUUUGUUUUUGUGGAUGAUGGCUGACCCAGUAGCAGCAUCCCUCCCAGCACAAGCGAGUCAACCUAACUACUGAAAUGCUUUAAAAAUCACCUACUGUAACAUGGAAGUCACAGGGAGUCUUAUACGACAAGACCUUCACUUGUCUCUCAUGAUAAUGUGCUGGACAGCCCGUUUGCAGAGUAAUGCAGCUGGCAUGAAUCUUUACAGUACAACUUAAAAGUGGCAGCUACUUUUAUAGUGUAAAUGUUUAGGGGGUAAGAUUCUGAUGCGCAUUGUAUUUAAUUCCAAACUUGGUAGCGGACCUUUGCCAUAAUAUUUUAUCCCUGACAAGCAAGUUGAUAAUGUGAUUAUGUUUUUCAAUCUGAAACUUCAAAGCAUGUCAAAUCAUU